AGAGGGAUUUUUACAUCUAAGCGGACACUGAGGUGCUCCCUUUAUUAGGAAGUGUAGCACAAUUCAUACCAGAAUAUGAUGAGACUAGAGUACUAAAUUAUGGAUGCAAACAACAAUUUCUGCUUAACUGUACCACACUAAAUACUUUUUUAAAGGUUUGAUAAGUGCGUAUAGAGGCCCCCUCACGUUGUAUUUGCACAGGGCCCCAGAUUCUGUGCUAUGCCCAUGUUUCUAGCAACUGAUUUUAAUUGAAGAAAGCAAUUGCAUCAUAUUACGGCAUACAAGUCUUUAUAGUUGGAGUAUUAGCUAUUAGGUAUCAUUAUUUGAAAAACUGUUAAAGUAAUACAAAUGUAUUAUAUUGGUUUGUUAGUGUGUAAUAGAAAAUGUGGACUGCACUUCUUAUCAGGUGUGUAGCCACAGUAUGUUUGUGAUUGAUUGCACAACAUAUAAAACUGUGCUGCAGAAAAGUUGAUUUCUUUGUUGAUCUUCCUCUUAUUAGAAGAGAUCUACUUGCUGUGAUGGUGAAACAUCAGCGAGGAGCUGUGACAGCAGUCAUGAACAUGAGCUUGUUUGUGCUGCUUCUGCUGUUAGGACUUCUGUGCAGCGCUUCUGGUUUACCUCGAAAGUACCACUAUAUUAGUAAAUAUAUGACAUGGACAGACGCUCAGAGUUACUGCAGAGCGACGUACACUGAUCUGGCAACUGCAGAUUCCAUGGAUGAUGUGAACAUGAUGAUAAAAACAGUUGAUUCUGGGUACAUUGGAUCAGUGUGGAUUGGACUACAGAGGGCGACACAGAGUCAAUGGGUUUGGUCAAACGGAGAUGAUACUCUUAAACAGUACAAUAACUGGGGUGACAAAAAUCCUAGUGGUACUAAUCCAUAUGCCUUUUUUGCCAAUGGAUAUUGGUACAAUUUUGUUCCUUGGUCAGACCGUAUGCUCUUUGCCUGCUACAACGAAAGUAUUGGGAACAUCAAGAUAAUACAAUGGGAUUCCUGGAGAGGAGCUCAGAGUUACUGCAGACAGUAUUACACUGACCUUGCCAUAAUCCGGAGCGCUGCAGAAAAUGACCAGCUAUAUGCAGAUUUUGGAAAUGGCCCGUGGGUUUGGUUCGGUCUGUUUUUGGACUCUUGGCAGUGGUCUGACCAAUGGAACCGCUUCUUUAGAUACUGGGCAGAUGGAUAUCCAACACAAUUUGGUGACUGUGCUGCCUUUUCAACAAGUGACUCUGGGAAAUGGGUUCAUUAUAGCUGUGACCAACUGCAUCAAUUUAUUUGUUAUGAAGAUAUGACAUUGAGAGAAAGACAAAUGAUCAGACUGAAGCUGUCCUGUGAUGGAAAAUGCAAUAUGAAUGAUCCUUCACUGCAGUCGGCCACUAUGAAUGAGUCUGAGGACUUGCAACUACAUGCAAACUCUAUGACAAACUCAACCAAAUUACACGGGAUGUCGCUUCAUUUUGACAAAUUAUUUGUGGACGGUAAAAUGCUCACUUAUGACACAGAGUCCGAGUCUGUGGUUCAAAUUGGAAUGAAGGAUGAAGGACCAUCUGAAACUAUUGUAAGGGGAGUGAUUCUUCCGGAUAAAUCCGGAAUUCCGGCCUUUCCGACCUGA